CGUCACGGCAAAGCCAUUCUUUCGCCACCCCGCGCCUCACACAAGCGUUGUUGCUGCUGCAGUCGCUGCUUCUAGUAGGGAGACUACGGGAACGGAGCAGUUAUUGUUCACUAAAGAAAGAGGCGGAGGAGUAGAAGGAAGUGGAUAUUCCCAGCUUGUGAGGAGGAGACAGGCGGGCAGCCACCCAUCGUUUCUCCUCUUAUCAAGUAACACGGUCGCUGCCUGUAGGAAGACAAGGGGCUGCUCAGUGAGUCCCCUCAGUGCCGGGCUGGGGUUCCAAGGAGGCGGAAGGAUACGGCAACAUCGGCUACGGGGUCCAGUCACUUUAUAAAAUAAUGAGAAGUGUUCUGCAUCUCUUGAGAAGGUGCUGAUUGGUGUAUAAAGAACAGACAAGCUCAUGUUUUCCCCUGAUCAAGAGAAUCACCCUGCGAAAGCACCAGUGAAGUAUGGGGAACUCAUUGUAUUGGGAUACAAUGGAGCUCUGCCAAAUGGAGACAGAGGAAGGAGAAAAAGCAGGUUUGCAUUACUUAAAAGACUAAAAGCCAAUGGGGUGAAGCCAAGUACUGUUCAUAUUGCCUGCACGCCACAGGCUGCAAAGGCAAUAAGUAACAAGGACCAGCACAGCAUUUCCUACACUUUGUCCCGGGCACAGACUGUGGUGGUGGAGUACACUCAUGAUAGCAACACCGAUAUGUUCCAGAUUGGUCGCUCAACAGAGAGCCCUAUUGAUUUUGUGGUAACCGAUACAGUUUCGGGAACUCAGACCAACUCUGAGUCACAGUCUGUUCAAAGCACCAUCUCCAGAUUUGCCUGCAGGAUCAUUUGUGAAAGGAACCCUCCAUUUACUGCAAAGAUAUAUGCUGCGGGAUUCGACUCCUCCAAAAAUAUUUUUCUAGGGGAGAAAGCAGCCAAGUGGAAGACAUUAGAUGGACAGAUGGAUGGGUUAACGACAAAUGGAGUUCUUGUUAUGCAUCCACGCAACGGAUUCACAGAAGAUUCCAAGCCUGGGGUGUGGAGAGAGAUCUCUGUGUGUGGGAAUGUGUUCAGCUUGCGAGAAACCCGGUCGGCCCAACAGAGAGGGAAAAUGGUUGAAAACGAAAGCAAUGAACUUCAAGAUGGUUCCCUCAUAGACCUUUGUGGAGCGACGUUGCUGUGGCGCACUGCUGAGGGGCUCGCCCGCACCCCAACUGUGAAACAUUUAGAAGCCCUGAGACAAGAAAUCAAUGCAGCAAGGCCUCAAUGUCCUGUCGGAUUUAACACACUGGCGUUUCCCAGCAUGAAAAGAAAGGAUGUGGUGGACGACAAACAACCUUGGGUUUAUCUGAAUUGCGGUCACGUGCAUGGCUACCACAACUGGGGGAAUAAAGAGGAAAGAGACGGGAAAGACCGGGAGUGUCCCAUGUGUCGUUCUGUGGGUCCGUAUGUCCCGCUGUGGCUGGGAUGUGAAGCUGCAUUUUAUGUGGAUGCCGGCCCUCCUACUCAUGCUUUUAGCCCAUGUGGACAUGUGUGCUCCGAAAAAACAACUUCCUAUUGGUCCCAGAUCCCGCUACCCCACGGCACACACACCUUCCAUGCAGCGUGUCCAUUUUGUGCGCACCAGUUAGCGGGGGAGCAAGGCUACAUCAGACUUAUUUUCCAAGGACCUCUCGAUUAGAGAUCAAUUUGGGACUAUAUGUAACCGAUAAGCUAAAGAUUGGUUUGCUUCCCAGACCACUUUUCCAAGUGAAGUUUGUAUCCCAAUAAGUGAAUGACUGCUUCAUAGGCUAAAUCCCAGGAAAAGCAGAUUGCGUUCAGGAAAAGAUGGGGUUGAAAUUUUUUCGGGGGGACUGGAGCAAAACUUGAAAAUGGGAUUAUGCAGAUCUGAUUUCAAUGCCUUCAUAAUAUUUCUGAAUCAAAACUGGGGAGUAAAACUAUCAGCUCAAACUACAUUAGUUUACACACAUUGUAUAAUAUAGCAUAUAAAUAUAUAUAAAUAUCACAUUUUUAUAUUUGACCUUCUUACAGGACAUGUCUGAUGGUUUGAUAGAGCAGUGGAAUCCCAUGAUUGUGUGUAGAAGCUGAGAUGCCACAUAAAAUACUAUAUGUGUAUUUUUUUUUUUUUUCUAAUUUAGGGUAAUCAACAAGAAAAUGAAUGAAAUUGAGGCACCUGAAGAAUUUCAGUGCAUUGAGUUACUCUAAAUGUUUAUUUACUGUUCAUUCAAAGGAGUUUUUUUUCUCAAACCAUCAAUUUUCAAAGGCCUUUAGGUAUGUUGCAACAUUUCAGGGUUUUAUUUAUCUGGCGGUCUUUCAGACCUUUCAUUGUAUACUUUUCCUGAAAUUGUUUCCCCUCCACCUCUUGUGUGUGUCUAGUGUUAAAACAUGACACAUGUAACAGGUGAGGUUUAAAGCUUUUGUACGGCAUGGACUUCCAGAGCGGCAUUACUGGUUUUUUUGUUUCUUUUUAUACAGUGGGAUAAAAUAACUUAAUAUACAUAUUCCAUGGGCAACUGUCUCUUAGCAUGUAUCUAAGUGGUAGCAUAGCAUUUGCGUUAACACAAAUUUGCCCUUGGUUGACAGGUGAGUAACCUUUAAAUGAGAGCAGUUUGUGUGUUUUUGUUUUUUUUAAAAAUCUAGUUUUCUACCAGCAGAAUUGUAUUGUGGUUUUGCCACACUCUCAGGAAACCUUCAGAUGUGUUCAAUUGCUCUUUUAGGGCAGAGACACACGGUCAGAUUUGGGGAGAUAGUUGUCAGGCGACACAUCUCCUCUUCUUCGGAAACUUUGCCAGGAAACUUCGGGCGACUUUGGAAAACGAAUCGCGCGAUUUACAUUCUAGCCGGUGGGAAGGCAGUUUGGGGAGAUUAGUCACCCGAAAAAGAGGAGAUUUGUAGACUAAUCUCCCCUAAUCUGACCGUGUGUCUCUGCCCUUACAUAGGGAGCAAAAUGUAAAGAUUUGUAUAGAUUAAGGCUGCUGGGAGUUGUAGUACAACAGCUAGGAGGCCACACUUUUCCCACCAGUGGUCAGUAUGUUUGUGUUUAGUAUUUGAAUAAUUAGCAGAAAGUUACUUUUGAUAGGAAAGUGGUUUUAAGACUUUUUUCACCCCCUCAAAAGCUGCUGCUGACAUGUAAAUACCCCAUUUGUUAAAUACAAUUCUUAUUUAGAGUCCACAUGUUUGAAUGUAGUUUAUUUGAUUUACAGCAUUAUUUAUUCAGACCCCCCCUCAAGAAUUGUGUUUGUGAGAGGGUGGGGAGUUUGGUUCAUACCUUGUUUCAUGGCCGGGGCUGGGCGCAACAGAAGCCUGUUCAAGAGGCUUGUCUGCUAUGCAUUUACUUACUGCAUAAAAGAUUGUGAUUGUA